AUGAAAACCAUCUUCAGGAACCUCGCUGCAGCCGCAGCGGCGUCCAUUCUGGUAACAACAUCGAGUGCAGCAGCGGCGCUCAGUUCCAACUGUUCGACGCAGUUCUUCACACAGGCGGUCGAUCAUGGUAAGGCCGGCGCCGGAACCUUUCAACAGCAGUACCAGAUAGUCUCCGAUUCCUUCAAACCUGGAGGACCGAUCCUCUUCUAUCAACAGCCUGAAACAAAGAUGUUUGCAUGUAUGGAGCUGUCCAUAUUCCCUGAAUGGGCCGCGGAGUUAGGAGCCCUUGUCAUUACUCUCGAGCACCGCUUCUUCGGUCUCAGCAACCCGUCGAACGCGACCGACCCCGUUGAGAAGUACAGGACUUUGACAUUGGAGAACGUCAUGCUCGAUGCCGUUACUUUUGUCAACCACGUCAAGAAUACAACCAGCGGCGCAAAGGAUAGUAAAGUCAUCAUUACUGGUGGUUCGUACGGUGGCUUUCUCGCCACCGUUUUCAAGACAAACUAUCCCGACGUCUUCUACGGGUCGAUUCUCUUCGCGGCGCCACUUCGGUCGAUUGGAGCCAACUUUCAAAAUCCCCAGAGAUACAACUGGUUCAAUUGGGUGAAUCAAAUCUAUCAAGACUUGUCCGCAAGUGCCGCCCACAAAAUAGAGUCCGCUUUAGACACGCUCAAUCGACGCUUUCAAACAGCAACCAAUACGACAGCCAUUGCCCACGACCUGAACCUCUGCUCCAUACCAGAUACAGAUGAUGAUCUUGCUACCAUCAUGGCGUUGAUCAACGUCGUUGCGUUCUCAAUUCCCCUGACGAGUUACAACAACCCCGUGGCCAACCCCGUUGGAGCCAGCCCGCAAAAGCUUGUCAACGAAACGCUCCACCUCAACGACUCGACCGAUAUAGUCAACGCAAUCUUGACGACCUACUACCCUCCUUCAAUGUAUCCCUGCAUCGAGUGGAAUAGCACUGCAUCGGCCAAUCCCACUCUGCAAAAGGACUCUUUCAACUAUCUCCUCUGCAAAUAUUUCCCUCUCAGCUCCAACGAGAUCCCCAACGGGACCAUCUUCGUGCCAACGUCCAUUCAGACGGAGACUGACCCGACAACUUGCAAAACUCUGUACAAUCUGGUACCACCGACGCAGGAGUUUGUCGAAAAGAAGUACCAUAUCACCCGCGAUGAGCUGGUCAACGCUAAGAGAAUUCUCUUCGCGUACAACGAGAUGGACCCCACUACUGGCGUCGGGAUUGAUCCAUUGCCGCUCACUCAGGAUCGUAACGCAUCGAGGUAUAUGUUCACAUCGUUGUCGGCCCAUGGCGAAGAGAGUUUAGCGAGCUAUCCUGGCGACAAACCUAGUGUGAUACAUGCGCGACAAGUGCAGCUGCAGACAAUCAAAGGGUGGCUUGGAUACAUAUGA